CGGAUACACACGGACGCCAUGACACUACGUCAUCAACACGCGCCGAUGGGCAAACUCUCCCCGUAAACGAGAAGGUUCAUGUUUCAAGGCUGAAUUACUUUGCAGGGAAGAGAAUGUCUUUAGGUUGUUUGAGGUUGGCUCUGUGCCGCGCAACGAGAGCCUCGUGUCCCACGACAAACCCAGUGACAGUCCUCCUCCUGUAUAAACCCCAGUCUAACAGAACCACAUGGGGUUACCUGGGCAUACAGCUCCAGCAGUGGACACUGUUCUCCACCGUAGCGGGCGACGAUGGAGACGCCGCCAAGGAUGAACCACAUGAGAAGAAGAAGAAGAAGAAACAGGACCCGAAAGCUCGAACCACCAUCAGCAGCGUGGGCAGGAAGAUCUUCCAACGCCACCUGCUCCUCCUGGACGAGGAGGGCGAGAACCUGGGGACCAUGCACCGGGCCGACGCCCUGAGGCUCAUGGAUGAAAAAGGGCUGAAGCUGGUGCCUGUGAAUGAGCACGCCGAGCCUCCGGUGUACCGGCUCAUGAGCGGGAAACAGAUUCACGAGGAGCAGAUGAAACUGCGGGAGAAACAGAAAACCAAGGCGUCAGGUGUAGUCCAGGUGAAGGACCUGACUCUGUCCUCUGACAUCGCUCCACACGACCUGGACACAAAACUGAAACAGGUAACGAGCUGGCUGGAGAAAAAGCACCACGUGAGACUGACCCUGAAGCCGAGACGGGACCGGAGCGAGCAGGCGUUGGACUCGGUUCUGGACGAGAUGGUCGGGAGAAUAACGGCUCCGCUCGGCUUCGUCAACAAACCCAAACUCAUCCGUGAGGGUCGAGCAGCCAGCUGCAUCCUGCGUCCUCCGUCCGCUAAAGAGCUGCAGGCCCAGGGGACGCGACCUGCGGCACAGACUCCCUCCAACACCCACGAACCAAACCCCGAGAAACAGGAACCGCCCGGAUCUCCGUCAGAGCGGGACAGAGACUCUCAGCAGCAGUGAUGCGACGACAAUAAAACAGCUUUACACACACACACACACACACACACACACACACACACACUCGGGUGGCAUUGAUUUAUAAAAACGUUAUUGAGAUCGGGAUGGAAGCAGAAAAGAUACAAACACAAAGUAACCUCCUAAAUAUCUUGUUUUGAGGUUCAUGUUUUAUUGGAGACUCAAUUUUUCAGACAUUUUCUAAACACGUCGCUAUGGCAACUUACUGUUUACCCCACUCUGGGGGUACAUUUACAUAUAACCCCAAUUCCAAAUGCCAUGUAAAUAAAAACAGAAUGCAAUUUGGAAAUCUCAAACCCAUAUGUUAUUCACAAUAAAACCUAGAAAACAUAUCAAAUGUUCGAAACUGAGGAAAUUGACCAUUUUAAGAAAAAAAUACGGUCAUCUUGAGUUUGUUGGCCACAAAAAAGCAUCAUCAACGCUGAAAGGUGUAUACAGGUUUUAGAGCAACAUCUGUUUCCAUCCAGAUUCCAUCCCAUCUCUACUUCUGAGAGACUCCGCCUCUCUAAGAUCCUCUCUUUAUACCCAAUCAUCUUACUGACCUGUUCCCAAUUAACCUAAUUAGUUACAAAUCGUUCCUCUAGUUGUUUCUUUUUAGUAACACUUGCUUUCCCAGCCUUUUGUUGCGCCGUCCCAACUUUUUUGAGGCGUGCUGCAGCCAUCAAAUUCAAAACUACCUUAUGUUUUCCUUAAGGUAGUACAUUUCCUCAGUUUAAAACAUUUGAUAUGUUUAUGUUCUAUUGUGGAGAACGUACAGGUUCAUGAAAUUUUCAAAUCAUUGCAUUCUGUUUCUAUUUACAUUUAAUUAUGUGUUUUACACAGCGUCCCAACAUUUUUGGAAUUGGGGUUGUAACAAGUAAAUAAUUCACAAAUUCAGAGAGCUCUGGCUGGUUUCUGCUAUAUUAUCAGAUUUAUUGGAUUAUCAGAUUUCUCAGUUGGACUCUCCAACACAAGUGGCUCGAACAUGAGAACAACAGAACUUUCAGACGUCACUGGCUCUGAUCGGACGAUUCCAGCACCAUCGGACAUGGCCAGGUUACGUCAUCCUUGACGGGUUCUGACGAGAUAACGGCCCGAUUGCUGUCUGAUUUGGAGGUUUCUGAUUGGCUGGUCACAGAGUCAGGAGAGUCGUCGAGGUCCGGGG